UGUGAGUGAAGGGGUAUGCAUCAAUGGGGUUUUGUGAUGAUCGUGAUGUGAUAGUUUGUUUUGAUCUUAGGUAUGAGAAAUUCACCUUUAUUCACAUAGAAAUGUUUGGUCAAUUGAUUGACUACAAGGGCAAAUUAGCUGUGUUUCAUUGGGAGGAUGAUGUCGUUAACCGGUUGAACUUGAAUCUGUGGGCUCUAGAGGAUGUUGAGAAACAGGAAUGGUCAAAAUAUGCCUACACUUCGACGGAUGAUAAGUUAUAUAAUUACAUUUCCAUAGUUGGGGAAACCACUUCAGGUGAAAUUGUGUUUUCAACGUACAUGUAUACACCUAAAAACCCGUUCUAUGUUUCCUACUUCAAUCCCGAAAGGGAGACUCUCCAACAUGUUGAAAUCCAUGGUUUUGGCGAAGCGUUUAAGCAACCUUGUCGCGUUCUUUUCUUUGUAAACCACAUAGAAAAUCUUGAUAUUAACGAUUUAAAACUACUCAAAGCAGUCCAUGCUCCAUUGGAGAAGUCAGAAUAUGUAUGUCCAUCAGAUUCAGAAUCAGACUGAGAAAGGACAAGGAGAGGAAGACAGGGAUGAUGAUUGGAGUUAGGUGAAAACAAUGGGCAUAUAUACAUUUUGUUUGAGGACAAGAACAAGGUUUUUUUGUUUCUUCUAGAUGAGAUCUAUUCUAUAAUCUCUUAUAACAUCUCGUUAUGUUUUUCAUUUGUGUGUGAUGGAACCAAUUUCAUGAUGAUACUAUAUAUUGGACUUUAUAUAAAUUUAAGACAAAACUAAUUAAGACAAACUAUAUAUAGAGUAUUAAAAUGCUUUACUGAUAUAAGCAACAUUACAUUAGCAAAACCUUUGAACAUUCCUCGUAGCAUAUUUCCUUGGCCUUUGGAUAAUCUUUUUCUUUCCAACAAUGAUUCUUUUUUCGUGAGAUACAACACCAACAUUCCCUUUUAAAUGAUAGCUUACAA